GACAGACAGCCACAGUGCUUGCGGAUGGACGGACGGACAGUGGGGCGAGUGUGUCACGAACCGAAAGUCUAUUGGACCCCUGUCAAACUUAUUCAUAGAACGGGGUGUGUCUGGGCCAUAGAGUUUGCUUGCAACUGUGCUGUCACUCAAACUCAUGGCUGUCUCGUAAUUGGCAAGUUAUGGUGCCAUGUCCCGCCCCUCCUGGGUGGCAGUCGUGUAGAAAUGAUACGGUGGGAAGGCUUGGUCCUUCAAACGGAUCAACUCGAGGUGUACCUGACAGACGCACAGCGACUCGGAGAAUUGGGAGACUUGGACUUUAUAUAUAUAUAUAUAUACACUGUACUGUACUCUGAACGAGGGAAAAACAGCAGCGGAUUAAAAUGAAACGGAAUCACGAUUUUAGCUCAUCGGACAGCGAGCUGGACGAGAACAUUGAGGUUGAGAAGGAGAGUGCCGAUGAAAAUGGGAACGUGAUUUCACCCCUUGGGCCGAUGUCUCCAUCAACAAAAACUCAAGUGAAUGCGAGGAAGCGCCGUCGAGGAAUCAUUGAAAAACGGCGCCGCGACAGAAUCAACAACAGCCUCACCGAGCUGCGUAGACUGGUCCCCAGCGCGUUUGAGAAGCAGGGUUCAGCUAAACUGGAGAAAGCAGAGAUUCUGCAGAUGACGGUGGAACAUUUGAAGAUGCUUCAUGCUGCUGGAGGAAAAGGUUACUUUGAUGCCCGUGCUCUGGCCACGGACUACCGAGGUCUGGGUUUCAGGGAGUGUCUGGCUGAGACAGCCCGCUACCUGAGCAUCAUCGAGGGGCUGGACAGCGCUGACCCCCUGAGGAUCCGCCUGGUCUCCCACCUGAAUAGCUACACGUCCCAGAGAGAGGCCCUCACCAUCUCUGGGAUAGGGCACCUGGCCUGGGGCUCUGCCUUUGCGUCGCCCCCCUCCGCCCACCUGGCCCACCUUCUCCUCCGGCAGCAGCACCAUCAACAUCAGCAGGGGGCGACGUUACAGUUACCACGGAGCGCCUCCAACAGCCCUCCGUCAUCCUCCUCUUCUACUCCUUCAUCCUCCUCCUCUCCGAUAGAGAGAGCGCCACGUUCCUCGCCCCAUGGCCAUGCUCCCAGCAGGCUUAGCGGUGCCACCCCCCUCUCUGAGCACAGCCACUCCCAGGGGGGCCCUCGCCACGUCCCCCCCAGCGUUGCCCCCCUCCCCCCUGGACUGAACCUCACUGUGACCUCCUCAGCCGCCGUGACCGCCAAGCUCUCCCCUCCCCUCUCUCUGUCCUCACUCUCCACCCUGUCGGCAUUCCCCUUCCCCUUCAGUGCCUUCCCCCUGCUGUCCCCCAGCACCCUCAGCUCCCCUGCCUACACCCCUUCCAGCCAGGCCAGCUUGGGGAAGCAGCCCUACCGGCCCUGGGGCAUGGAGAUAGGGGCUUUCUGAACAAUCUUUAACCCCCCUCCACACAGACUAAACUGACCAUAUAGAUCAAUAGAGGUCUCACCAUCACUAUGAACUCAACUCAGUUCACCAGCUGAGAAGGACCUUUCCAAGACAAUGUUUUUCUAGACCUUUCCAUGGCCAAGACAAUGUUUUUCUAGACCUUUCCAUGGCCAAGACGAGAUGGAGUUUUGGCCACAUCUCACAUCCUAUAGAGGAUUUCUUAGAAAUUGUGUUUCAAAUCAAAGUUUGUUGGUCACACACAUAUUUUGCCGAUGUUAUCGUGGGUGUAGCAACAUGCUUGUGUUUCUAGCUCCAACAGUACUGUAAUAUCUAGCUAAAUGCUUGUGUUUCUAGCUCCAACAGUAAUACCUAGCUAAAUGCUUGUGUUUCUAGCUCCAACAGUAAUACCUAGCUAAAUGCUUGUGUUUCUAGCUCCAACAGUAAUACCUAGCUAAAUGCUUGUGUUUCUAGCUCCAACAGUAAUACCUAGCUAAAUGCUUGUGUUUCUAGCUCCAACAGUACUGUAAUAUCUAGCUAAAUGCUUGUGUUUCUAGCUCCAACAGUAAUACCUAGCUAAAUGCUUGUUUCUAGCUCCAACAGUAAUAUCUAGCUAAAUGCUUGUGUUUCUAGCUCCAACAGUAAUACCUAGCUAAAUGCUUGUGUUUCUAGCUCCAACAGUACUGUAAUAUCUAGCUAAAUGCUUGUGUUUCUAGCUCCAACAGUACUGUAAUACCUAGCUAAAUGCUUGUGUUUCUAGCUCCAACAGUACUGUAAUAUCUAGCUAAAUGCUUGUGUUUCUAGCUCCAACAGUACUGUAAUACCUAGCUAAAUGCUUGUGUUUCUAGCUCCAACAGUAAUACCUAGCUAAAUGCUUGUGUUUCUAGCUCCAACAGUAAUACCUAGCUAAAUGCUUGUUUCUAGCUCCAACAGUAAUACCUAGCUAAAUGCUUGUGUUUCUAGCUCCAACAGUAAUACCUAGCUAAAUGCUUGUGUUUCUGGCUCCAACAGUAAUACCUAGCUAAAUGCUUGUGUUUCUAGCUCCAACAGUAAUACCUAGCUAAAUGCUUGUGUUUCUAGCUCCAACAGUAAUACCUAGCCAAAUGUUUGUGUUUCUAGCUCCAACAGUAAUACCUAGCUAAAUGCUUGUGUUUCUGGCUCCAACAGUAAUACCUAGCUAAAUGCUUGUGUUUCUAGCUCCAACCGUAAUACCUAGCUAAAUCCUUGUGUUUCUAGCUCCAACAGUAAUACCUAGCUAAAUUCUUGUGUUUCUAGCUCCAACAGUAAUACCUAGCUAAAUGCUUGUGUUUCUAGCUCCAACAGUAAUACCUAGCUAAAUGCUUGUGUUUCUAGCUCCAACAGUAAUACCUAGCUAAAUGCUUGUGUUUCUAGCUCCAACAGUAAUACCUAGCUAAAUGCUUGUGUUUCUAGCUCCAACAGUAAUACCUAGCUAAAUGCUUGUGUUUCUAGCUCCAACAGUAAUACCUAGCUAAAUGCUUGUGUUUCUAGCUCCAACAGUAAUACCUAGCUAAAUGCUUGUGUUUCUAGCUCCAACAGUAAUACCUAGCUAAAUGCUUGUGUUUCUAGCUCCAACAGUAAUACCUAGCUAAAUGCUUGUAUAGCGGGGCUGUUCACUUUUUACAUUCUAUGAUAUUAUAUGACCCAUAAAAAGUGGUGGAGGCACGACACUCUUCUCCAUUAAAACAUUUUGAUUGUGAAUUAAUGAAUGAAUAAUACAUAAUCUUCAACAUAUGGGAACAAUCCCUCAAAAACACUGCAGUAUAUAGACUAUAUAUUACAGUCCCAUUUUGAGUAGACAUUAAAAUGUCAUGGUGCAAGUGAUCAGUGCUGUUCGAGAUUCUGCACAGAUUAUUGUGAACAUGCUGACUUUAUAUGAUUACACAAGACAAUAUAUAGUUACAAUAACCUCAGAAUGUGGCCGGGGAUGUGUUACUCAUUUAAAGGUUGAAUGUUACAAUAACUUUAAUGUAACUUAACUUCAGGCUAUUUACUUUAUUACAAAAGUAAUAUUGAAUUAUCUUUGGUUGACGACCAAAAUAUAAUUUAUAUUCUGCUUGGAUAGCUCCAUUUGUGCCACUGACUUAGUGAGUGGAAUUCACACCUCCAUCUCAACCAAAAAUGUAAGUUAAACAAUAGGAGUAAAUCACAUGAAACUUUAUUUAAAGAGCAUUUAAAGUUUGAUUUGAUUCAGUCCUAAUCUUUUAGAUUUUUGGUUGAGAUUGAGACUUUAAUACAACAUAUAAAUGAUGAAUUUGUUCGACAAACUGGAAUUAAACCCACACUAAGUCAGUGGCUCAGAUGGAACUAUCCAAGCAGAAGAUAAAUCUCCUUCAAAUGUUGGAUUUUGGUUGCGUUACCAAACAAACACAAUUCAAUAUAACUUUUGAAAUACGGUAAAUAUCCUGAUAACUUGUCGACAAGUUAACAAAUGACAGGUUGGGUUCACGUCUCCAACUCCAACCAAAAAUUAAAGUUAAAGAAUGGGAUUAAGUAAGUGGCUCAGAUGGAACUAUGCAAGCAGUACAUACAUCUCCUUUAAAUGUUGAUAUUUGUCUCUCUUAUUAGAGGAAUCACAGUGAUAACAGAUUAAUCAGUUGUAUAAAUAAACAAAAUACCUGACAUUUUA